AUGGACCUCAUACACGAAGCUCCUCGAAGUUCGUCCAUAGUACGGGUAGAUGAGGACGACGAUCAAGUAGGAGAACGCAGCACGUCUAGGCAUAUUCCCGAACAGGUGUCUGAUAACCUCAAGGAGACCCCGCUCCCGAAGCUACAGCUUUUCCUACUCCUGUACCUGCAGCUGGCUGAACCGGUGACGUCCACUGUUGUUUACCCUUUCGUGAACCAACUCGUGCGCCAAACAGGUGUGACCGGUGGCGAUGACGAGAAGACGGGAUAUUUUGCAGGCCUCAUCGAAUCAUCUUUCUAUGCUACGGAGGCCAUUUGUGUCCUGCAGUGGGGCCGAGCGUCGGAUAGAAUUGGCCGCAAGCCGGUCAUGCUUGGUGGGCUCCUUGGAUUGACACUAUCGAUGCUUGGUUUGGGCCUCUCGAGGACAUACUGGGCUCUCAUCCUGAGCCGUUGCGCCGAAGGAGCGUUGAACGGAAACAUAGGAGUAACGAACAGUAUGAUGGCAGAAAUCACGGAUAGCACAAACAGAGCGAGAGGAUUUGCGUUCCUACCCAUGAUCUGGUCACUGGGCAGUACUAUUGGACCAAUCCUCGGAGGCGUGUUGUCAACUCCCGCAGAGCGUUGGCCUGGAACAUUCAGAUCGCGCUUCUGGACAACCUAUCCAUACUUUCUGCCAUGUAUUGCCGCGGCAUGCAUUUCGCUCAGUGCCUUUAUGAUGGCCUCUCUAGGCUUAAAAGAGACCCUUCCGAGGACAAAGCGCAGGCUCGAACACCGAACUGACACCAUGGUUUCCGCUGACCACCACGCAAUCCGGCCUCCUCAUCAUAUCCAUGGCUCUGGGCCCGGAGACCUCACAGCGGUUGGAACAGCGCUCGAGCUGACAGAGCCAAGACGAGAAAUACGCCCAACAUCUACCAACGCUGCGAUCGCUGAUGCAACGGCCAUCGAGGAAAAUGCAGAGGUCAACCUCCCGGAUAGACAAAAUGCGAAGAUCAGCAUUCGAUCGAUUCUCGUGCCGAGAGUUCUAUUACCCAUCCUGAACUACGGCUUCCUGGCCUUUACGGAUCAGUGUGUCGUUGUGCUACUCCCGCUCAUGUACUCCAGCCCGAUCUCCCAAGGGGGCCUCGGCUUCGGCUCGUUUACCAUCGGCAUUGUCCAGGGGGUCGCCGGCGUUGUCAGCGGUGUCCUCCAGAUCUUCACGUUCGCCUGGAUGCACCGAAAAUUCGGCACGAAAAGGCUCUACAUCGCAUCCUUCGCGAGCUACCUCUUCUGCAUCUGCGCGUUCCCUUUGCUGAGUUUCCUGGCAAAGCGCGACGGCAGGGUCUCCGCUGCGGUGUGGAGUAUGAUCGUGGUGCAGAACGCUGCGUAUGCUGCCACCUUCAUGACAUGGGGCUGCAUAUUCAUGUACAUCAGCGAUGCCGCACCAAAUCAGCACGCACUGGGCCUCACGAACGGACUCGCACAGACGACCGCGUCUGUUGUCCGCGCGCUUGCCCCGUCUACAGCGUCCUCGCUAUUUUCUGUCUCGUUGGAGAAGAACAUAGCCCGGGGGACCCUUGUCUACUGGAUCCUCACCAGUACUGCCGCGGUCGGGGUUGCAGCUGCCUUCCGAUUGCCACGAGAGCUUCUGGGGUUUGGGAAUGUGGCAGAGAGGAAUCCAGCCACCGCCACAGGAACACCUGCAGUCGAUGUGUGGGCUAUCAUGCCGCAGCCGGAAAAUCCCCAGGAAAGCUUUGGGCAGCGUGAUGAGAAAGCGGGGCCUCACCCUCACCAGCCGACGCAGCCCAAGGGCGACGAUGUAGGCGUGUUGACCGACAGAUUGAACCAAGACCCUCGUUUCAAUCCUCCUCCACCGUCCAAGUGGAAGCGCGCUGCCCUUGUGUUUGUCCUCGUCAUCUUAUUCUGGUUUGCGCUGGCCACGCGCGCGCGGAUGAAUAGGAAGCCCACCGUUGUCUACGCCGAUCGGUACUCUAAGGAUUAUAAGUAUCGCCCUGCGGCGAGCCCCAUCAUUACGGAGGUGCUGAAGGACGGGCGGACUCGGCUGAGAGGUGCCAUGCCGACAGCCUUGGAAUAGUGAAGCAACCUGCAGUCGACGACUGAAACCAUCGCAUUCCUUUACAAUAAUGUUAUACCAUUCGUUUCCACCCGGCCUUCCCAUUACACCGUUCUUCAUCAACGUCAUUGGACUGUCAAAUUCUGCCGUGUGGUCUUCGUACAUACAGACAGACGGUCGGGCAUAUCCGUGGCAUGUCCGUAAUUAUCGGUCAGUCUCAAGGGGCUGGUGACCUAUUCGAUGAAAUUUAACAGAGUACUUUGAUACGUGUUCGAAUUAUAAGAACCCUCGUGCAGUAUU